CCGGCCCGGGCUCGGCGGGGCGGGCGGGCCGGGGCCGCGCAGCCCGCGGGCCCCGCAGCGGCCGCCGGGGCGCCGCCCGCCGCCGCCGCCCUAGGCGCCCCCCGCUCUCCGCGGGCACGGCGCUCCCGGGAUGAAGCGGUGCCGCUCGGACGAGCUGCAGCAGCCCGAGGAGGAUCCCGGCGCCGCGGGGGAGUCGCCCGGUCACGGCGCGAUGGAGGGCAAGGCCGGCGAGGCGGCGGCGGCUCCCGAGGCGGGCGCUGUCCCGCCGCCGGCGCGCUCCAAGCCCCCCGACCUGAAGAAAAUCCAGCAGCUCUCCGAGGGCUCCAUGUUCGGCCACGGCCUGAAGCACCUUUUCCACAGCCGCCGGCGCUCGCGGGAGCGCGAGCAGCAGCAGCAGCAGCAGCAGCAGCAGCAGCAGCAGAGCUCGCAGGACCCCGCGCCACCACCAGCGCCGCUCGGCACCUCUGACCACGAAUCCCCGGACGAGAAGGAGCGCUCCCCGGAGAUGCACCGCGUGUCCUACGCCGUGUCCCUGCACGACCUCCCCGCCCGCCCCACCGCCUUCAACCGCGUGCUGCAGCAGAUCCGCUCGCGGCCCUCCAUCAAGCGCGGCGCCAGCCUGCACGGCGCCGGCCGCCGCGCCAAAGGCGGCUCGCUGGAGCCGCAGAAGGGCAGCCCCCACCUGGGCCGCAGGGCCCCCCAGGACAGCGGCCUCACGGCCAUCCUGCACCAGCACCAGGGCAGGCCCAGGUCGUCGUCCACCACCGACACGGCCAUCCUGCUGGCCGAGGGCGGCGCGGUCUACCUGCUGGCCGAGGACGGCGAGGGGCUGGCGGAGAAGCUGGACAAGGGCGACGUGAGCGCCCUGAACCUGCCGGCGGGCGCCGGGCACGGCGACGCCGACGGCCCCGCGUGCCUGGACGUGCCCGAUGGCACCCCCGACCCUCACCGCACCAAGGCCGCCAUCGAGCACCUGCACCAGAAGAUCCUCAAGAUCACGGAGCAGAUCAAGAUCGAGCAGGAGGCGCGGGACGACAACGUGGCCGAGUACCUGAAGCUGGCCAACAACGCCGACAAGCAGCAGGCGUCGCGCAUCAAGCAGGUGUUCGAGAAGAAGAACCAGAAGUCGGCGCAGACCAUCGCGCAGCUGCACAAGAAGCUGGAGCACUACCACAAAAAGCUGAAGGAGAUCGAGCAGAACGGCCCCUCCCGCCAGCCCAAGGAUGUUUUCCGGGACAUGCACCAAGGGCUGAAGGACGUGGGCGCCAACGUGCGCUCCAGCAUCAGCGGCUUCAGCGGCGGCGUGGUGGAAGGGGUCAAGGGCGGCCUGUCGGGGCUGUCGCAGGCCACCCACACGGCCGUGGUGUCCAAGCCGCGCGAGUUCGCCAGCCUGAUCCGCAACAAGUUCGGCAGCGCCGACAACAUCGCCCACCUGAAGGACACGCUGGACGACGGGCACCCCGAGGAGGCGGCGCGGGCGCUGAGCGGCAGCGCCACGCUGGUGUCCAGCCCCAAGUAUGGCAGCGAUGACGAGUGCUCCAGCGCCACCUCGGGCUCCGCCGGCGGCAGCAACUCCGGCGCGGGGCCCGGCGGGUUGGGCAGCCCCAAGUCCAACACGCUGGACAGCCACCACAACAACUUUGACGCCAUCCUGGAGGAGCUGCGGGAGAUCAAGGACAGCCAGUCGCACCUGGAGGACUCCAUGGAGGACCUCAAGGCGCAGCUGCAGCGCGACUACACCUACAUGACGCAGUGCUUGCAGGAGGAGCGCUACAGGUACGAGCGCCUGGAGGAGCAGCUGAACGACCUGACGGAGCUGCACCAGAACGAGAUGACCAACCUGAAGCAGGAGCUGGCCAGCAUGGAGGAGAAGGUGGCCUACCAGUCCUACGAGAGGGCACGGGACAUCCAGGAGGCCGUGGAGUCGUGCCUGACGCGGGUGACCAAGCUGGAGCUGCAGCAGCAGCAGCAGCAGGUGGUGCAGCUGGAGGGGGUGGAGAACGCCAACGCCCGGGCGCUGCUGGGCAAAUUCAUCAACGUCAUCCUGGCCCUGAUGGCCGUGCUGCUCGUCUUCGUCUCCACCAUCGCCAACUUCAUCACGCCGCUCAUGAAGACCCGCAUGCGCAUCCUCAGCACCGCCCUGCUCGUCCUCUUCCUCCUCUUCCUCUGGAAGCACUGGGACUCCAUCAGCUACCUGCUGGAGCACGUGCUGCUCCCCAGCUGAUGCGCCAGCCCUGGGGUGUUUUCAUUUCCCAGCGAGGAGAGGGAUGAGGGGAUGGAGGGUCCGGAGCCUUCUCCACGCUGCUUUCCCAGUGGUCACUCGGAUCCGGGAUCCAUCCUCUGGGAUGUUCGGGAAGGGUGGGAUGGGGAGCGAGGAGGAGUUUUGGAAAGCACUGGUGGUUCCUGGUUUUUUUUUUUCUAAGGGGUUUCUGGCAGGGUUUUUUUUUGAAAGGUCAUCCUGAAGCCCCUUUAGGGAGGAGAUCUUCUCCGGGGGGGUCUUCAGUUGGUGGGAAGGAUUGAGCUGGACCAAACCUGGCUCUGGGAGAACUUCCAGCAGGGAGAGGAGAGGCCUUCACUGGGGCUUCACUGGGGCAGCAUUUUCCCUUUCGACCUCAGCGACCAAGGCCACAAAAAGCCCUGGGAUGGAACAAAAUCAAAGCAGGGUGGGGGUGGAGAGAGCAGGGCCAGGACAACCACAGCAGGACACACACAGGUGCCACCAGGCCCUGCCACCGCCCGGCCAGGACGCAGCGGGGCAGUGACACCGCCCCGGUGUCCCCACAGGGGCUGGGCACGCCCGGGGGUGUCAGCGCCGCCCCCUGCGCUGGUUUCACCUCCUGAAUUCUCUUUGGCUUUAGUUGAUCUCUUCAGGGACGCCUGGCCGUGCCCAGCCUCUGCCCCGUGUCGUGUGCGUGUGCGUGCGAGUGUGUGCGGUUUUUAAUUUAAUUCCAGACUCUUGUUUCCAUUUGUGAAUUGAAGCUGGUGGGGCAGAGGGGGGAGAGGAGGGGCAGCAGCUGAGCCCCCCCCAGCCCCACCCCAGAGCACAG